AUGGGGGCCGGGAAGUCCAGGGCCGCCGCCAAGGACAAGGACCCCACGAGGAUGCUGCUGUCGAGGAGGAGGCAGAAGUUUUCCUCCUGGGAUGACACCCUGCUCUCGGGCAAGGACCCGCGGUCCCUGCUGAGGCGAGGCAUGCGCCACGUCAGCUUCAGCCUGGUCACCAAAGGAAUGACGGAUGUCCCUGACUUUCUGUGGGGUUUGUCCGAGGUCCAGAAACUCAACCUGUCCCACAACCAGCUGCGGGUUCUCCCGCCCGAUGUGGGGAGGCUGACUCGGAUCGUGGUUCUGAACCUGUGUGGGAACCGGCUCCAGAGUCUGCCCCGGGAACUCAGCCGCCUGCAGAACCUGAAGGUCCUGUUCGCCAACAUGAACUGCCUGGCGGAGGUGCCCGCUGAGCUCAGUCUCUGCAGAAGCCUGGAAGUGCUGAGUCUGUCACACAACCGCCUGUCUCAGCUUCCUGCCAGCCUGGCCGACCUCACCAGGCUCAGGAAGCUAAACCUCAGCAACAACCACUUCACCCACAUUCCCAUCUGCGUGUUCUCCUUGAAGGAGCUGGACUUCCUGCACGUGGGCUCCAAUCGCCUGGAAAACAUCGCCGAGAGCAUCCAGUGCCUGUCCUGCCUGCAGAUCUUCAUCGCAGAGAACAACAACAUCCACUCCUUCCCCAGGUCGCUGUGCCUCAUCGCGAGCCUGGAGCUGCUGAAUCUGAACAACAACGACAUCCAGGCCCUUCCGGACGAGCUCUACCUGCUGUGCAGACUGGGGAGGAUCGCCUGGAAUCCCAUGGACAAAGGGCUCCACAUCUCCCACAACCCGUUAUCCAAGCCCCUGCCGGAGCUGGUGGAGGGAGGCCUGGAGAUGCUCUUCAGCUACCUGAAGGACAAAAAGCACAACUGACACAGGCACUGAAGGUCUGGACAGGGACUGGCUCCCGGGACCCUGGGUGCU